ACUAACGGUGCUUUUUGGAUGAAGUAAUAUCUUAAAAGGGUAGAACCUGAUCUAUAUAUAUGUCUCUGAUAUUAUAGCAAUGUAAGUGGUUAGUGUUGUUAAUAACCUAAAUACACCUGUUUCAACAAGGGCCUGAUCUCUCGAGAAGUACUCAGACCAAACCAUACUGGCAGUGUUGUUUUACCUCAACCAUGUCAAAUCUCACCGGGAUUUGUAGCCAAACGCGUAACAGUAAUGGCUCACAGAUGACUGAAAACGAAGUUACUGAAGUGUUUCAAGAGCAAUAGAAGAUUGGAAAAGCACGGAAACUUAGUGGAGCGGAUUUCAGUUUCAUAUCUGAAUGGUCGCCAAAAGUAUGAUGCGGAGGAGAAGAUACCGCCCAGCGUUGUGUACGAUAGCUAUUGUCAAGUUUGGUUAGAGACAAAAACAAAAGCUGCAGAUGCUGGAAUCCAAGGUAGACGAUCAGGAGGCUGGAAGAACACAGCUAGCCAGACAGCAUCUGGAGGAUGGGAGCAGUCAACGUUUCGGGGUAUUACCCUUCUUGAGGACUUUGGUGCAUGGAGGUUUGCAGAAGUUGCCUCCUGGUUGAGCAUCUGCGGAGCCACAUGCUUGUAUUGGUCACGUGAGCAGCGGAGCCAGCCUCAAUGAAAUGAAGGCGGUUUUUUGGCAGCUGCCGCCGCUGGCUCUGCCGCUUCUCUGAGAACAUGAAGGUGCAGGAGUGAAGGGCGAGCCCGGGGCUACGGCCGCUGUGCAUGUGGCUGACUCGGCAGCGCUUGGUGUGAGUGGGCCGGGGGAAGCCGAGCCCUGCCUUGCCCAGGCGCGGUUUUUAUUUUACCAUGACAGCGUUAGCCGCCGCCUCCUUCUUCUCCAACAUUUGCAAUUUCGGCGGAUGCGGCCUCACCUUUAACACCCUGGCUGAACUUAUCGAGCACAUCGAGGACACUCACAUAGAAAAUGAUCCCAAGGUUUUGGAGCGGCAAGAACAGCAGCAGCCAUCAUACAUCGCACUAAGUUAUAUCAAUAGAUUUCUAACUGAUGCUGCCCGCCGUGAACGUGAGCAGAUGAGAAAACGACAUCAGGCCAAGUUAACACCAGCCCUUUCCAGUCCUGUGGGAAGGGGGGGCACACCUGCAUCACCUCACCCUGGCAACGGAAGCUCCGCUUUUCCAGGGACACCACCAGUUACACCAUCCUCUUCAGCCUGCAGUGGAACACCAACAGGCAGCGAAUUAGAUGAAGAAGAAAUUGAAUGUGAAGAUUCUGACAGUGAUGAAUCAUGGACAACAGAAAGUGCUAUUAGCUCUGAGACUAUUCUAAGUUCAAUGUGUUUGAAUGGGGAUGAUGAGAAGCCAUUUGCUUGCCCUGUACCUGGCUGUAAAAAGAGGUACAAGAAUGUUAAUGGAAUCAAGUACCAUGCCAAGAAUGGCCAUCGUACUCAAAGCCGUGUCCGGAAGCCUUUCAAGUGUCGUUGUGGGAAAAGCUACAAGACUGCUCAUGGGCUUCGUCACCACACUAUUACCUUUCAUCCACCAGUGUCAGUUGAUAUGCUUAGAAAGAUGCAGUUGUGAGGCAUUAUACCCUUACUGUUCUAGUAAAUGAAGGCUUGGUGUUCUAAGAGGAGUGAGCAGGAAUUUUUGCUUUCUCUCAAGAUUACUGCCACAAGUCUUGGGAGAAGAAAAGGUUCCUCAAUAUUUGUUUUCAUGUGUUCCCCUAACGGCAUAAGAUGCUGCUAAAAGUCAGAUACAGUGUUUUAAAUUUUAAUUGUGAAUUCCAGGGAAAGUACUUUAAAUGAUUUCAGUGCUUCUAAAAGCACUUUUUCUUUAAUACUCUACAAUAUGCAAUUUUAGGUCAUAACUUAAAAUUGUCUAUAGAAUAGUUUUAUAUUUUUAUUCUAUCUCAAAUUUUUUUGAAAACUGUCAUCAGUUGUACACUAAGGUGCUGCUACACUUUAAACCUAGAUGUUCCAAACUUACAGAUCCAAAUAAAGGCAAACUAAAAUUGCCACUGUAAUUUGUAGAUUAGCAACUUAUUUUGUGGGUUAAGUGUGGGGGUUGAGCAGAGCUUUCUACCUGACUCAUUUGACAUAUACCACUAGGUUGAGUGCUGUGUUAUGUUGGAUUAUCAAGUUUUUUGGAGAGAUGGGACGGAGUGUGGGAACAAUCUUCUCUCAUAUGCAGUAAAAGUACUUUCUAUAAAUCUAUUCACAAGUAGAAUUGGUAGUUGUUAUAUUGUUUUCCCAAACUCCUCUAGCCUCAAUUUGAAGAAAAAAAUACUGAAUUUCAAACAGCAACCUAAAUUUGGAAGAUAGAUAUAGAUAGAAUCGGAUAGUGUCAGAAUCUAUAACUGGGAGUUAAAUUUACUGGAUCUGGUAAUCUGACACAGAAUAUCAUUGUUAGUGGCUUUUGUCAUGAAAUUAGAGAAGGAAUUACCACACUAGUUAUGUAGUUAAUAAAGAUGUAUAGAACUAAAUGUAGUAAUCAUUGUUCACAGCUUUGAAAAUACUUAAUUUCUUGAGGCAUAUGUGAUCUUUAGUUUGCUAAAUCAGUAUGUGUGUUUAAUUAAAGAAGUAUGUGCACCAUAUGGCUCUACAUAAGGUUAGUCUGUUUGCAGCUAAAUAAUGUACAGUUGCAUGUAAAAAUUCUGUUGUCAGUAAGUUAAGCCAUGAUAAUUUGGUUAGUUUUUUUUGGAAGCCUGCCU